AUGAAACAACAAGUUGAAUAUGGAAAUCAAGUAACAAAACAUCAUAUAUUAGAUGGUACAGUAAUUUGGAAAAUAGUUAAUGUUCGCGAAAAAAUCUAUGACGCGCAAUCCGAGCGUCAAACAAGUAUUUAUUCGCCAGCAUUCUAUACUUCAACAACAGGAUAUAAACUAUGUGUUCGACUCUACCUUAAUGGUGAUGGCACCGCACGAGGAACACAUAUAUCGAUUUUUCUGGUUGUUCUACGAGGUCAAUAUGACGCAUUAUUACAAUGGCCAUUUUCCUAUCGUGUAUCUUUUUGUCUUGUUGAUCAACGAACUAUGCUUGAAUCGGGUGAAAUAAAACAAACUAAACAUAUUAUUGAAUCAUUUCGACCUGAUACAAGAAGUAUCAGUUUUCAACGACCUUGUUCAUCGAUGAAUAUUGCAUCAGGUAUCCCAAAAUUUGUUUCUUUAGUUGAUUUUAAUCAACCAUUAGAAACAAAUCGAUAUAUCAUUAAUGAUACAAUAUUCAUUAAAGUUUUAAUAGAUUUUAUUGGAAUACCAAAAUCAAUGAUUUACUUUAUUUUUAAUCUUAAUUGUGGUUUACCUAUACACAUACAACAAAAAUUAAUUGAUGAAGAAAUGGAACGUCGUAAAGCGCAAAAUAUUACUUAA